AUGCUGCACGGUCUCUACGGUUACAUCUUCGGAGCUGAGGACUCCAACGAUUCGCAGGUCUCCAAUGACAGUGAAGCGUCGCUGUGCCCACCUGGUAAGAUGACCGAGGAUGACUGGUGCUUGGUCGAUGAUGCGCCGUCUGGUCGCAGCUCUCCGGAAUUGAUUCCCAAUCUUGAGUUACGCGACAUCGAUCAAUUGUCGUUCGCCUCGAAGAAGUCUGCGCCCGCUCCCACCGCCGAAGAGAUUCGACGAAGUGAAGAGUUACGACAGGCGAAAGCUGCGACAGCGCAUCGACUACAACUGGAGCGAGUGCUUUUUUCCGAUGCCGAUUCGCCGAAUACUUCGCUGCCGUUAACAUCAUUGAAGGCGAAGAAUCCGUUGGUAUCAGCCGCUAAAUUGAAACGAGCAACGGCUGUUACUCAUGUGAGUAGCGAAUCGAAGACGAAAACACGCUCGAAAAAAGCCGGGAAGAUGUCAUCAGGACGUAAUAAUGAUCGCAAGGUCAACAAUAUCGACUAA